AUGCGAUCGUUCAUGUUCGUUCCUGGCUGGCCAUCCUGUAUAAAAAGCCGGUUCGGUGUUCGUCGGAGGGCAUUGUUGCUUUUCGGCAGCGUGUUCUUACUUAGCUUCGUAGUGAUAUUGUUCCUACUACCUGAUGCUCGAACACGCGUUUUGCUGCAUCGAAACACCUCGCUAUUAGUUCUUAGACCAGAAGACUCCUUUGCAGCUAACGAUGAGGAACAAGUCAUCGAGCUACAGAAGGUCAAGACCGAUGGCGACGAAGGUGGUGGCAACGGUCAUGGUGUGAGUAUUCUCCAGGCAAGAAUCGACUUCUGCACCCAGGUACAUGACGAUGCAGAGCUUGAGGCUAACCGAGACGCUGUCGAAUUCCGGUUGAACCGCUAUAACUGCUCCGAGUAUCGCAAAGAAGUAGUCAAAAAGAUUAAGCUCUCGGUGUUCAAGUUGAUCGUUGUCCUCGUGCUUUCUUACGGUCAUGAGUCGUGGACGAUGACUGAGAAGCUUCGAUCUCGGGUAGAAGCGGCUGAAAUUGGCUUUCUGAGACUAGUUCCUGGUCCGGAAUACAGACAUGCGGGAGAGCCUUUGUGUACAGCCUCUGCUUCUCCAGAUUGA